UGGAUUUCUCCCUGUGUCUUGAGAACACUUCGCGAUGUCCAAACUACCUACGCUUUUUAUCAGUUGCCUCCUUAUCUGGGCGGCGAGCGGGAAGUCGCCCUGCGCGCCGCGCUCGUUCGGCCAGGACAGCGUGGUGUGCGUGUGCAACGCCACCUACUGCGACCACCACGAGCCCGUCAAGGCAGACGAGCUGGCGGGGGAGCUGGCGCUCCACUACGUGUCCAGCUUGGCCGGCAAGAGGCUCGAAUCCAUGAAGAUGAAGUUCUCCAAUGCGUCCGCGAGUGCCUCCGCGGCGGUGACCUUCACGGUGGACAGGAGCACCAAGUACCAGGAGAUCAAGGGCUUCGGUGGUGCCGCCACUGACUCAGCGUCCAUUAACAUCGAGUCGCUGAGUCACGACGCCAAAGAACGGCUGCUGCAGCAGUACUUCGGCAAGCACGGCAUCGACUACUCGUUCCUGCGGGUGCCCGUCGGGGGGUGCGACUUCUCCCCCCGCCGCUACACCUACGACGACGACCACGCGGGGGACACGGCCCUCACGCACUUCAAGCUGGCCGAGGAGGACCUGACCUACAAGAUCCCGGUCAUCAAGCGAGCAGUCCACCUCAGGCAGGAGGCGACCCAGGGCACCACGGAGGACCCAACCCUCAAGCUGUUCUCGGCCCCUUGGUCGGCCCCCGACUGGAUGAAGCACAUCGACAACAAGACGGACGCCAGCUACCUGCUGCCCAAGUACUGGGGCGUCUGGGCCCAGUACUACCUCAAGUUCUUCGAGCUGUACAAGAAGCACGGCGUGGACUUCUGGGGCUACACGCCGCACAACGAGCCCACGCACGGCCUCACGGACGGCGGCUUCAACAGCAUGGGCUGGCAGGCGGCCGACCUGCGCGAGUGGACCGCGGGCCACCUGGUGCCCGCGCUCAAGGCCGGCGGCUUCGGCAACCUGUCGCUCAUGGUGCUGGACGACCAGCGCACCUUCGCCGUCGACUGGGGCAAAGUGUUCCUGGGGAACGCCACGAUGAACAAGCUGGCCUCGGGAAUGGCCGUGCACUGGUACGCCGACACGGACGCAAACGCCAAGAACCUGGACGCCGUCCACCAGGCCUACUCCGACAAGUUCAUCCUCUACACCGAAGCGUGCAUCUUCCAUAGAGGAUCCAGUAUGGUUCUUCUUGGAUCGUGGGAACGGGCAGAGAGAUACGCCAAAAGCAUUUUGCAGGUGAUAAACCACUGGUCCAGCGGCUGGGUGGAGUGGAACCUGGCUCUCAGCAUGACGGGCGGGCCCAGCUGGUACGGCAACUCGGCGGACUCCCCCAUCAUCGUCAACGCCACCGCGGGAGAGUUCUACAAGCAGCCCAUGUUCUACGCCAUCGGCCACUUCUCGGCCUUCGUGCCGCCAGGCUCGCGCCGCGUGUCCCUCGCGGCCAGCGCUGACAAGGACGUGCAGAGCGCGGCCUUCCUCAGGCCCGAUGGCGCCGUCGUCGUCGUCUUCCUCAACACGUACGUCUCCGCGCCCUCAUCUUCCCCCGACGAUCCGGAUCGGUUCCAAUUAUCUGAGCGGGAGGGGCACGGGAUAAAACACCUGCUGAAUUUUAACGCUUGGGUUCACCCUAAAACACGAAAAUUAACAAGUAAAUUGGCUUCUGGGUUGUAGCCGUGUCCUUGGCGGAAUAUCUCAUCGACGUUUCGGUCGACGUUGCAGUCGCCAUCAUCAGGGAGCAGUCACCUACUGAGGCAGGCAGUAGGUAACUGCUACCUGAUGAUGGCGACUGCGAUGCCGACCGCAAACGUCGGUGGAAUUAUUCCGCCGAGGACGCGGCUACAACCCCAGAAGCCAAGCUACUUCAUACAAUGGCCGUGAAAGCCUGCGAACAUUAUUAAGAAACUCAGUAGGUAACUGCUCCCUGAUGAUGGCGACUGCGAUGUCGUCCGAAACUACGGUGAAUUAUUAUUCCGCCUAGGACGCGGCUACAACCCCAGAAGCCAAGCUACUUCGGACAAUGGCCCGCGAAAGCUUGCGAACAUUACAAGUACGUAUAUUGUUAACAUAAUCCCUAGCAAAUCCCUUACAAGUGAUGCGAUACGCACAGAUCAUUCUCGCAGUUAUGGUCUCACAGUAAUGUUCACAAUCAUUAAACAUUUUUAAUGUGGGUUUCAAACAAUUGUACAGUAAUAUUUGCCCGCGGGCCUUAGUUUAUUACGGUGGCAACAUUAGCAAAUUAUUUGUUCAAAAAAAAUGUUUACCAUGGCCUCCUGUUUUCAGGGAUGAUUUCAACGAUUGUAAUCGGUUUUGGACUUAUUUCACCAGUUUGCCUUAAAAGUCCUUCUGAAAUAGAAUGGCUUAGACAGACAAUUUUAUUUGACCAUAGUUUCGUUGACAAACCACUAUUUAUUUAGACCUUAAAUAUAGCCAAAUUUGGAGGCAUAUUUCCUAUAAAUCUUGGGGAAAUAAUAUUUUCCCAGCCAUGAAGUAAAAAUGAAGAAGACAUAAUUCAAAACAAUCAAAAAUGAUUGACUGACAAAGGUUACCACAGGAUACAAUCAGAAAUGGGCCCUGUUCUCAUUGGUCACCUGGACAACCAAUCACAGACUUUAAUCCUGAGGCCUUUGUUCACUCCGCAGCCCCAGGGCAGCUAUCCAAUGAGCAAACGGCACGAUUUAAUCAUAUUAAAAUAAAAAAAAGAGUGCAUUUAACUAA